AUGACUUUCUCGUCGUUUUCACCGCCCAUUUUAUACAGAAUAGGUCACGAAAAAUCACGAAUCAUAGGCGGUGAAGAGGCGGAUCCGGGGGAGUUCCCUUGGAUGGCGGCUUUGGCAUACAUUCGUAGUAACAAAGUGGUUUAUGACUGCGGCGGAACAAUUAUAUCGGAAUAUUUUGUUAUGACCGCGGGACAUUGUGUCCGACCUGAUUAUAAACCGAUUUUUGCAAGACUGGGAGAAAUUGCUAAGAAUGACGAUGAUCGCACGCAAGCCGUAAUUUAUCAAAUACAGGACCAUUAUCGGCAUCUGAACUAUUCGGCGGCAACAAAACAAAAUGACAUUGCAUUGGUAAAAGUAUCAAAAGCCAUUGAGUUUACAAGUAAAAUUGCACCAUGCUUGCAAAUGGACAUUGGCGAUGGAAAUACGGCCGACAGUCUUAUUGUAACCAGAUGGGGUACCACUGAUUCCAGAAGAACUAAUAAAUCGAACGUACUACUUAAAGCCCAACUAAAGUCGAUGUCAUUUUCUGAAUGCAGUCAAACGCUUAUAAACAAAAAUAUUCUUCAAAAUGGUGUUAGCGAAGGGCAGUAUUGCGCAUUCGAUCCAGCAGGAAGGCAUGAUAGUUGUCAAGGAGACGGCCCACUGCGAUACUUUCCCGACGGUGAUUCAUACAUUGCAACAAUAGUUGGAAUCGUUUCUUUCGGUCAAGGUUGUGGCUUGGAAAUGCCUGGUGUUUACACGCGUGUUGCUCAUUAUUUUGAUUGGAUAGAGUCGAUCGUGUGGCCGCUUAAUGGACAACAUUCCAAUCAAACAGGCUUGCCGUUGAUGCUUAUCUCUUUGUUGUUUACGUUGUGUGGGAAAAAUCGAAUUUCGUUUUAUUUUAUAAAAAAUGACGUCAUUAACUGUGUUCAUUCUAUACUUUGCUGUCAUGAUGAUAAGUGGCAUUCCAGCCACUCGACUAAGGAGAGCCGAAAACGUAGAAACAUGGCAAGCCUUUCACAACGCUGCUCAAACUGGCGAUGUACAAAAAAUCGGAGAAUUAAUAAGAAACAGAGUGGACGUUAUGAGCGUAUCGUCCAAAUAUUUAUAGAAAAAGGUGCGGAUGUAAACAUCAUAAAUAAGAUUGGAACUGCACCAAUAAUUGCCGCCGCUCAGGAAGGUCAUGGGCGAGUUGUUGAACUGUUGCUUAAAAACGGUGCCAAUGUCAACAGUCAAAAUCAAUUUGGAUCGACGCCCUUCGCAAAAGGUGCCAAUGUAAAUAUAACAAAUAAGGAUGGAUGGACACCAAUAAGCGCUGCCGCGGAGAAAGGUCAUGUGCAAAUUGUUCAAUUAUUACUUAUGAAUGGAGCGAACGUUAAUCUUCAGAGCAGCAACGGAGCAACCCCACUGUACAGCGCUACGUGGCAUGGGCGUGAAAACAGCGUUGCAGUGUUAGCCCGAAAUGGUGCUGAUGUCAACAUUCAAAAGAACGGUGGAUGGUCACCACUCCAGGCGGCCAUAGAACAAGGUUUUGAGAAGAUUGUGGAGAUUUUAAUGCGGUAUGGAGCCGAUGUCAAAUUGAAAAAUAAUAACAAUGACACAUCAAUGGCUAUUGCCAUUAGAAAAGGAAAUGCGAAAAUCAUUGAAAUCUUGAAAACAGUUCGUCGAAUUCGGCCAGCAGAAACGGCCUGCCAGACGCAUUCAACGGAUCGUAUUAUAAAUGGUGAAUUGGCCGGCGACAAUGAGUUCCCUUGGAUGGCUGCUCUUGGCUACCUCAAUUCAAACUACACGGUGACCUUUGAUUGUGGUGGCACCAUCAUCUCCAACUAUUUUAUUCUCACUGCCGCCCAUUGUGUGAAGGUACGACGACCGGUAGUGAUUCGAUUGGGAAAGGUAUCUUUGACCAAUGCGGAUGGUGAAGAAAUUAGAGCCCAAAAUCGCGAUAUAAAGGACAUUAUUCCUCAUCCGGGUCACUCGAGACUAACAAAAGUCAACGAUAUUGCUCUUAUUCGCGUCCGACACGAAAUUAUAUUUUCAGAAUAUAUUCGACCUGCUUGUUUGCAAAUUGAUUUGCGCGAUGAACCACCACAUGUGAAACUCACUGUUACCGGUUGGGGUUCGACAUCGACCGAACGACUCAUGAGAUCAAACAGAUUACUUAAAACGGAACUGAUAUCGAUGCCAUUAUCGCGAUGUAAUUUAACACUUAUAAAUUGGUUUCGUCUGUCGAACGAUGCAUCUCUGCGAAAUGGUCUGAAUGGAGGUCAAUAUUGUGCGUAUGAUCCAGCUGGAAGGAAUGAUAGUUGUCAGGGUGACAGUGGUGGUCCACUACAGUAUUAUCAGCCCAAUAGAACCGCGACAGCCGUUGUUGUUGGCAUCGUAUCGUUCGGUAGUGGAUGUGCAUCUAGUCUGCCAGCCGUGUAUACAAGAGUGGCUUAUUAUUUGGAUUGGAUCGAACAGAUUGUUUGGCCAAAUGUUUGAAGCCCAUUAUUUGGCCACUAUCUCUAGCAUCAUUUCUAAAAUAGAUUACAAACUCAAAACAAUUGCCAUAAAAAGGGAAAAAUUCAUUACAUUGUGAAUCUGUGAUGCAAACAGAUUUAUUCGAAAAUUCAAAACAUGAAUAAAAUGUCCUACAUCCGUAAGAUGAACUUUUCCGCACUGUGAUC